UAUGCCAAAAUAAUUUGCCUGUCGAGGUACUCCGUAAUUUCGCCGAUUCCUUCCUUGUAAAAUAAAACAUGCAAAAAGAAAUUAUCGAAAGGAACUUUUGUUUGAUGUGGUUUUAAAUAAAUUCUCUAUAGUAAUGUUUGGAAUAGUAAAUAUUAUUGCAAAUAGUAAAAAGUGUGCCGAAAAUUUAAAAAUUGGUAGAUUGUUAAGCCAACAGACUGGAAAAGCUAUUCAUAGCCAUAUUCCCAACAACCUCGAGAAACGUUUUUUGGUAUGGAGUGGAAAAUAUAAGUCUCUUGACCAAGUACCAUCGCAUGUUAGUCAUGAUGUAAUGGAGCGUUGCCGUAAUAGGAUCAGAAUACGAGUGGCAAAUAUAAUGAUUGCGCUUACGGUGUUGGGUUGCUGUAUUAUGGUUUACAGUGGCAAACAAGCCGCAAAAAGUGGCGAUUCUGUGGUCAAACAAAAUCUGGAUUGGCAUAAAAAAUAUAAUGAGGAAUCAAAAAAGGAAUAGGCUUCCUAUAACAUUAUUGUAUAAUAUAUGAUUUUCUUGUUUGCUGUACUUUGUAUAUAAAGUGAUUUUUAUUACUGAUUAAUAUAA